AUGUCUUUCUUGGAAGAGGUCGAAGUAGUGCACAGAGAUCUGCGAGCAGCAAACGUCCUAGUUGCUGCGGAUAAGUCCGUCAAAGUGGCAGAUUUUGGACUCACAAAGUUCCUCAGUAACAACCCAUCUAAGCGUAUAGCAACUUCAACGUUUCCAGUUCGUUGGACUGCCCCCGAGGCCAUGAAAUCUAACUACAAGCCAUCCCACAAGGCUGAUGUUUGGUCAUUCGGCGUUUUAAUGUUCGAAGUAAUGACUUUCGCGUCACAGCCCUACGCCGAACUGUCACAGGAUCAAAUCUUACCGUUCCUACAGGAGGGCCGUCGUCUUCCUCAUCCUCGAACACUGGGAUUUCGCUGCGAUGACAAUAUCUAUCAAACGAUGUGCAAAUGCUGGUCAAUGCAACCUAAGGAUCGACCAGACUUCAAGGAGCUUGAGAUUGGCUUCGAGACUGAGAUUUCACAAGAAUUUGGGAACUUUUAUGGAGCUUAG